AUGACGAAAGUAAACUCCGGUUUGGCCGCUUCCAGGCGCAAGUCUCGCAAACUACACUAUGGCGCUUCCUCCUCAACCCGACGAGUCAUCCUGAGUGCUCCUUUGAGCAAAGAAUUAAGAGAAAAGCACAAUGUUCGCAGCAUUCCCAUCCGAAAAGAUGACGAGGUCACCAUCGUCCGAGGCUCCAACAAGGGCCGAGAAGGCAAAGUCACAUCAGUCUACCGAUUGAAAUUCCUCGUCCACAUCGAACGUGUCUCUCGCGAAAAAUCGAACGGUCAAUCCGUCCCCAUUGGCAUUCACCCCAGCAAAGUGGUUGUUACCAAGCUGAAGCUCGACAAGGACCGAGAAAAGAUUUUGGAGAGAGUUGGCAAGGGCCGUGAGGCAGUCAAGUCCAAGUCGCAAUAG